UAGCCAAGUUGGCAGCACUGCUGAUAAGAGUAGGCAUCGGAAAGUCAGCGGAAAAUAUAAAUAGCAGUACGGAUUUACUCCAAUUGUUAGGCAAAAUGACCGCCCUACGCUACAUGGGAUGGCUCACCGGCUGCUCCGUGCUGACCGCCUUUGUGUCCAUUAUCUGGCAGGCGUUUCUCUCGCUCCAGUCUCUUAACCGGACCACCGUUCUGCUCUCCGGCCUCUUGGCCAUAGAAAGUGGCCUUAAACGAACAGCACUGGAGCCGGCACCCCGAGUGGCUAUCGGAUAUGGCGCCUGUACGGAUCUGCAGAUAAACGCCACAGAGUUUCUGGAUCGUUUUUACGGUCGGCGGAUUCCAGUCGCCGCCUCUGCCGGGUCGCGGGAGAUUCUACACAACGAGGAUGAGCUACUGCAGUCCUUUGCCUACUAUUUCCAGAAUGGAGCGGCCGCAGAACGCGUCAUGGCCAAUGGUACUCUGUUCAAGCAGCUCUUGGGUUACGCCAAGGUGAUGGACAAGGAGACUCUUCAAUGGUACAUGGGCGGCAAUGCCCCGCUGAUGGCGGUGCGCUUUUUUAUGGAAGGAGCUGACGUUCUAUUGGGUGCCCACAUGUCCAGAAAAUUGCGACCCUUGCUGCCCAAGGAGAUACGACUGGCUGGCGAUGAGAUCCCCGACGAUGAUAUACAUCUCAUAUUGGAAUACCAGGCUGGCGACACCUGGGGCUCCUAUGUGGCGCCCCGAGCUAAUCGCUAUAUCCUUCAUAAUGACCGUAACAAUCCGCACCUUCGGGCCGUGGAGCAAUUGACACUGGCGCUUAAGGAAUAUCAUCCGCAACUCUUGGUGGUCAGCGGGCUGCAGAUGAUGGACAUGUUUAGCUUUAAUCCUGGCGAGCGAGAAGAGCGCUUGCUGCAGGUGCAGCGCCAAUUGACUAGUCAGCCGAAUGACACGCUGAAUCACUUCGAAAUGGCCUCCUAUGUGGAGCUACGUUUGCUGCAACAGCUGCGCCAGUUCGUCCUGCCAUACGUGGACUCGUUGGGCAUGAACGAGCAGGAGCUGGCCAAUCUGCAGCAGGUGCUGUCUCACGGUCGUACAACGCUGGCCACUGACUGGAAUCCACGGAUCGCCCACACCCUCGACCUUAUGCGGCAGGUCUUUAUUAGCUUGUUGGAGGAGCACGAAGAGAGACGAUCCCGCGAUCCGGAGAGUCGACGCAUCUCACGGAUUCACGUGCACACGUUGGCCUACCAGGCCAUCCUCACCACAGCCGGCUCCAAGUGGAAAAACACCCGUGCAGCGGCAGCCAAGGCGGCACUGACAGCCCAUCGUUACGUCUGCAAGUCGCAAUUUAUUAAUCCGGAAGCUGUGCAGCAGGUUUUGGACGAUAGCUUUGCUACUUCGGCUCAAGCGGAUGCUCCACGUAUGCGGAUUGGUGCCGCCAGUCCAGUGCCCUGCUGGAGGGAGUACAUCGAAUUUGGGAAACAACGACAACGCCUGGAGGUGGAGAUCUGUGUGGCUCCGGUGCUGGUGUGCCGCGAGGCCAGAAAAACGGCCGGAGCUGGUGACAACAUAUCCGCCUCGGGGCUGGCGGCUCAGUUGUAGGAACAGAGAUGCGACCCGAAAGACUGCUUAGUAUAACUAGAUACCUGCAAUCCAAGACUCGAAUAGACGGCCAGGCUAGUUUAGCACCCUAGUGACCUUAGAAACGCGUUACCUUCACACGAAUCCGAUGCUCAAGAAAGGUAGCCAGAAGAGAACAACGACUCCCAUUAUCACAUAUCCACAUUAGAUAUUACCAAGACGAAAUGCCUAUAUAUAUAUUCCAUGUGCUCGAAAUUAUUCCUAAAGCAAGUGCAUUCUAGUUCGGACAACGAAUGAUACCUAGUCCUAAGUUUUGUUAGUCACAAAUUCCAUGUCUUGACUGUUUUAAGCCAUUCCUACUUACAAUUUGUUUUGCGCACUUGGUUUUAAACUCGAAAUUGCGACAACGAUUAUGAGGUGCGUUUCCAGUAUUUAAGACAGUAAAGGAUAUAGAUUAUAUAUAUUUUAAAAUUAAGUUUUGUGAUGUUUACAAAUUUAUUUUCUUUUACAAAAGGAGUGUAAGGAGUCGAUGUUGUACUUAACUAUGAUAU